AUGUCUAAAUCAUUUGGAUCUGCCUCUAUUAAUGAUGCUCCCAAUGUCCCCAUUGAAGCUCCACAAUUUGUUGUGUCUCCCAACGCAAAUGAACCAGCUGCAAUCCAUACCAAUUUGAUCAAGGAUUGGCAAAUGAUCAAGCAUAGAGAAGGUGGUUAUUUCAAAGAAACUGACAGGUCUCCAUUCACGAUGACCGUUGGUGAACAAUCCAUGGCAGUGGAUCGUUCUAAGGACUCGCAAACAGAGAAUACAGUUAUUAGAAAUUAUUCUACCUUGAUCUAUUACUUGUUAACUACGGAUUCCCCAGUGGGUAAAUUACAUAAGAAUAAGAAUAGAAUUAUCCAUAUCUUGCAGAGAGGGAAAGGGCAAUACGUAUUAAUCCAUCCCGAUGGUACAAUCAAAUCAUUCCGUGUUGGAUUUGAUUAUGCUAAUGGUGAAGUCUCUCAAUGGGUGGUCCCCGGGGGUGUCUACAAAGCAAGUUUCCUGCUACCUAAUGAAGAAUUCUCUGAUGGUCUAUUAAUCAGUGAGGUUGUCGUCCCAGGGUUUGAUUUCGAUGACCACAUGUUCAUGCCAAAUUACGAAACUUUAGUCCAAUUAGUAGGAGACACUCAAACAGCACAAAAAUUGAAAUUCUUACUGUAA